AUGAGCAUCGUCUUCCGCACGAUCCCCACAACGAGGGCAGUGAACCCUUUCAUCGCCUCCAGUUGUCGCCUUCAGAGAUCCAACCUCCAGACAUGGAGAGCCUACAGCCAUAGUUCUUACGGUGGUGAGGGAGAAGCCGAUGCUGAACCAAGCAAAGCCACUCGGGACCUAGAACAUCCAGGUUCUUCGCCAGAGUCCUCCGGCCAGACGUCACAGGGCAAAGAGUACGCAAUCCCCAAGGAGACCUCCAAUAAGGCGCAUCCGACCAUCACCGAUGGCCGUCAGUCACCGAACGUGGAUGACGCAGGGAACACGCGCGAUAAUGUCCCGGAGGAUGUGAAGCGGCAUAACAAAGAGAUGGAGGAACGAUAUGACCGGCCGUACAAUCAGAUUGCGGACGAAGGCAAGGUGCACAAGGGGUUCUGGAGACGGCCGUAG